AGGCCAAAAUCCUGAGCAUGAUGGAGGGCAACCAGCAGCUGGCCCUGCGCAUCGACGGAGCCCUCCAGGCGGCAGGCCAGGAGGUGAGCACGCUGCGCGCCGAGCUGACAGCCACCAGCCGCAGACUGGCCGAGCUGGGCGCCUGCUCCGGCAGCCCCACCGCCGCCGAGACGGCCGCCGCCAUGGAGAACCACCAGCACAGCCUGCAAGUGCUUCUCCGAGAAGAGGUGUCCCAGCUGCAGGAGGAGGUUCACUUGCUCCGGCAAAUGAAGGAAAUGCUAACGAAAGACCUGGAGGAGACGCACGGCAGCAAAUCGACCGAGAUCCUCUCCGCCACCGAGCUCAAAGUCCAGCUGGCGCAGAAGGAACAGGAGCUAGCAAGAGCCAAAGAAGCCCUUCAAGCCAUGAAAGCCGACCGAAAGCGUUUGAAGGCAGAGAAGACGGACCUAGUGAGCCAGAUGCAACAGCUCUACGCUACCCUGGAAAGCCGGGAGGAGCAGCUACGAGACUUCAUCCGGAACUACGAGCAACACAGAAAAGAGAGCGAAGACGCAGUCAAAGCACUUGCGAAAGAAAAGGAUUUGCUGGAACGGGAGAAGUGGGAGUUGCGGCGGCAAGCCAAAGAGGCCACGGACCACGCGAGCGCCCUCCGGUCGCAGCUGGACCUGAAAGACAACAGAAUGAAGGAACUGGAGGCAGAGCUAGCCAUGGCAAAGCAGUCCUUAGCAACACUGACAAAGGACGUCCCCAAGCGGCAUUCCUUAGCCAUGCCCGGCGAGACGGUGCUAAACGGAAAUCAGGAAUGGGUGAUGCAGGCCGACCUGCCGCUGACGGCCGCCAUCCGACAGAGCCAGCAAACGCUCUACCACUCGCACCCCCAGCACACGGUAGACCGGCAAGCCGUCCGAGUGAGCCCGUGCCAUUCCCGGCAACCUUCCAUCAUCUCCGACGCGUCGGCGGCAGAAGGCGACCGGUCCUCCACGCCGAGCGACAUCAACUCGCCACGGCACCGAACGCAUUCGCUCUGCAAUGGAGAUAGUCCUGGACCGGUACAGAAAAACUUGCACAACCCAAUUGUCCAGUCUCUAGAGGACCUCGAAGACCAAAAAAGGAAAAAGAAGAAAGAGAAAAUGGGAUUCGGAUCCAUCUCUCGGGUGUUUGCCAGAGGGAAGCAGCGGAAAUCCCUCGACCCCGGCCUUUUUGAUGGUACUGCCCCCGAUUACUACAUAGAGGAGGAUGCGGACUGGUGACCGCCUGCCCCGCCCUCUCCCGCUUCUGGUGCGUGUGCGUGUGUGGGAGUGUCUGUGUGCGCAAGCAAACACCGCCAGCUGAACCCGGCGGAUUGCGAGUCCGUUGCCUCUUCUGCGUUGCCUCUUCUGUAACCGCUGUACAUAACCCCCAACGAUUCUACGUGUGAACCCCAUUAACUGUUGUCUAUGGAGCGAUGCCAGUCGUGUUGGUGUAGCCUUCCUUGGUUCUGUUUUGAGGAGGGGGAGGUUCCCUUCCUGGUUUUCCUGGUUUUUCUCCCCCUCCCCUUCCCUUUUUUUUGUGCAUUUUCCUCCUCCUUUUUACGAAACUUGAAAACUUGAAGGACUGCUGUGUAUUUGUAAAUAACUGACAACGACGACAAAAAAAGAAAUUUUGUGCACUGUGUGCUUGUAAAUGUCUCUUGUCCCAAACGCUGUUCUUCUGGCACCCAGUCCCAAGGUGCCGCCUGAAUCUUGUCUGUUUGCAAAGAUGGCUGCCAGGAGAGGGAAGCGUACAUCCUGUUCACAGGGCAUACCCACUUUAUCAAGAAGGGCAGCCCAACUUAGGGUGAGUUUGGACCAGAAAUGGGCAACUAGAAGUCUGUUUGAAGCAAACUUUUUUAGGCUAUUUGCAUACAAAUCAAGGUAUGGGGAAAGAAAAUGACCGUAAUUUUGCUCAAUUGGGGGGGAAAGUGUGUUGACAUUGUAAAAGAAAAUUCACACUUUGAACGUACCCUUUAUAUUUUUCUGCGCAAAGGCCUGGUUACAUUGGCAUGCAAGUGCUCUUCAAUAGUGAAGCCAGAGGGUGCCAGCCGCGCUAUAGAAUCUGGCUAGUGUAAUGUAAAGGCAAAGAGAAUGUAUGGAAGGCUGCCUGUUCAGAUCUCACCUCUGCCACGUCCUCAAGAGAUGCCCUUAGGGCAAGCCCUCCUAAUUCCUCAUCUACAGGAGGGGAAUCAUAAGACUGGCCUUCCUUAUAGUGCCGUUGUAACAAUUACUGUGAUCAUAUAUGUGAAUAGCUUUGGACACUGAAAUCACUAAACAAAUAUCAGAAGUUAUUAUCCACCGGGGAGUAAAUUGAUGCGGCCAAAUGCAUUCCUGGCCUCAGUGCCACUAUCUGGAGAUUGCAAUGGCGGGAAGGGAGAAAGUAGAAGUUGUCCAUCCUUGGUUUGCAUAUGUUGAGCAAAAUCUCGCUGCGAGGUGACGGGUCCCUCUAUUCGGUAUAUUGCUCUUUCUUAGAAAUGUGCCCCCCUUUCGGUGAAAGACAGACAGAACAGACAGACAGCUCCUUCCUGCUCUCCCCCGCAACAUGAAAACUACCCUCUAGGGUCAUAGACCCAGAGGAGUUAGCCGUGUUAGUCUGUAGUUGCAAAAAUGGCAGAGA